GCAAAAGACAUCUCAACUCACGUAACCUCUUUUUCUAUUCAUCACCUUUGGGAAUACUUGCAUAUAUCAUCACGGUUCUAGAGGGGAACGAAACCCAAAAGCGCGCAAUCCAAAGAAAGAUUUACAUCUCCACUCUUCCGUCACUGUCUCAUUUUGAUCACCAAACUUAUUUUAUAACUUCUCUGUUACUACCCCUUUCACAAUUCUUCUUGGCUCUCUUUCAAUUAUCUUCAUUCUUCAACAUAUUAAUUAUCUUGUCCACCCUCAACCAUUCAUCUACUACCCAUCGUAUGGACUGAAUCAACCCUAGUCCGUGCUUCUUCAUAACAAUGACCAAUUCCGCCGCAUCACCGUCAUCGGCAUCCAACACUCCCAUGGAGACUGAUCCCAAAAGCAAGCGCAAGGCCUCUACAGCUGGUCUGCCGGCCAACUCCCGUCCUGUGAAACGGCGGGCUUCCAAGGCCUGCUGUUGUUGUCGGGCUCGUAAGGUGCGCUGUGAUGUGGUCGAGAAUGGAUCACCAUGCACCAAUUGUCGCCUGGAUCAAGUAGAGUGCAUUGUCACUGAGAGCAAGAGGAGAAAGUUCGUCCAUGUCGAAUCUGUCUCCCGUCUGAUUUCCACUCCGCAGAAUCACCGGCUAACCUCGAACGCGCCGUGUUGCCACUAUACAGGAAAUCACGUGUGGAAGGUGACAAUGGCAAUUCACAGCUGCACUCACACUCCCCUGCCGAGGGCGCCGAGGAUGCUUCCAACCUCUUCCGCAGACUGAGCGAAUCCCAGGGGCUAUCAGAUGUCGCUCCUGCGUCUCCGUCCCAACGGUCACUGGAUCUAGACCAAGGACAGCACAUUCCCCAUCUUUUGUAUCAGAGUCAAG